AUGUAUACGACUCUGCUAUCUCUUCCCCUCCUGGCCGCCAGUGUUGCGGCGCAGGCUGAGAAUCUGUACACUGCAACUGCUACUGCCGAUGUCGCCGCGGCCAGAGCAACUGCCAAGACAUCCAGCCCUACCAGCAAUGUCAAGGGUGCUGCCUUUGAUCGCUUUGUCGUGAUAUGGUUGGAAAAUACCGACUAUGACAUGGCGGCGGAAAACCUAGCAUGGCUGGCAUCAAAAGGCAUCACCCUGUCUGGUUACCAUGCCGUCACCCAUCCCAGUGAGCCCAACUAUGUCGCUGCCAUUGGUGGUGAUUACUUUGGCAUGCAAAACGACAAUUUCAACCAAAUCGAUGCCAACGUUUCCACCGUCAUUGACCUACUCGAGGACAAGGGCAUCACAUGGGCCGAAUAUCAAGAGGACAUGCCCUACACGGGCUUCGAGGGAAUGGCAUAUGUCAACCAAGAGACGGGAGCCAAUGACUAUGUCCGCAAGCACAAUCCUGCCGUUAUUUACGAUGCCAAUGCUGGCAAGACGGAUCGUCUGUCUCUGAUCAAGAACUUGACCCUCUUUUACGAGGACCUUGAAAACGAGACCCUCCCCCAGUGGAUGUUCAUCACCCCCAACAUGACGAGCGACGGCCACGAUACCGAUGUGACCACUGCCGGUACCUGGACCCGCAGCUUUCUCGAGCCCCUUCUCGACGAUGAGCGCUUCAUGCAAAACACCCUCGUCCUGGUCACCUUUGAUGAGAAUGAGAGCUACAGCAUUCAGAACCGCAUCCUGGGCAUUCUCCUCGGUGACGCCGUGCCCUCGGACCUGGUCGGCACCACCGACGACAACUACUACAACCACUACAGCGAGAUUGCCACCGUCUCGGCCAACUGGGACCUGCACACCCUGGGCCGCUUCGACGUCGGCGCCAACGUCUUUAGCCUCGUUGCCGACAAGACGGGCGACACCAUUCGCGAGUGGACCGGCGAGGUUGCUCUCGAGGACCGCUACUUCAACUACUCCUACGCCGGUCAGUUCAACACCAAUGGUGGAAACAGCCGGUACCCCGGACCUCAGCUGGGUGACUGCGGCCUGCCUCACAACCGUACCGUCCUCCCCAGCAUCAAGGAGGCUUGGUAUGGUAACCCUGCUCCCGUCUACUAUGACUUUGGCCUCGAGAUUCCCGAUGGCCUAAACCCUCCUGCUGGCUACGCGCCCGUAGAGUAG